AUGUCAUCAACAAAGCCCAAGGCCCCAAAACCACACAUCACCGAACUCCCAGUAACAUGGAAAAACUGGUACCAACACAUCAACUGGCUCAACUGCACCUUCGUCCUGUUCUUCCCGCUAGCCGGAUGUAUCACCGCAGUCUGGACGCCGCUGCAUCUCUACACUGCCCUCUUCGCUGUUGUUUACUACUUUAAUGCCGGGUUAGGGAUUACAGCUGGAUACCACCGCCUCUGGGCCCACUGUUGCUACAAAGGCUCCCUCCCACUCCAAAUCUACCUGGCUCUAGCCGGAGCAGCCGCCGGACAAGGUUCAAUCCGAUGGUGGUCGCGCGGCCACCGCGCACACCACCGGUACACAGACACCGAGAAGGACCCGUACUCCGUCCGCAAGGGGUUCUGGUACAGCCACAUCGGAUGGAUCGUGCUGAAGCAGAACUACAAGAAGGUCGGGCGGUCGGAUAGUUCGGAUCUGGAUAGCGACGGGGUCGUGAUCUGGCAGCAUCGGAACUAUAUCAAGUGUGCGCUGGGGAUGGCGUUGAUAUUCCCGACUGUUGUUUGUGGACUGGGUUGGGGUGAUUGGAUGGGCGGGUUUGUGUAUGCCGGGAUUUUGAGGGUGUUUUUCAUUCAGCAGGCGACGAAUUGCGUUAAUAGCCUUGCGCACUGGAUCGGGGAGCAGCCGUUUGAUGAUCGGAAUUCCCCGCGGGAUCAUGUCCUGACGGCCCUUGUGACGCUGGGCGAGGGGUAUCAUAACUUCCACCAUGAGUUUCCGAGCGAUUACCGCAAUGCGAUUGAGUGGUGGCAGUAUGAUCCGACCAAGUGGAUGAUUUGGACGUGGAAGCAGGUUGGGCUGGCGUAUAACCUGAAGGAGUUCCGGGCGAAUGAGAUUGAGAAGGGGAGGUUGCAGCAGCUGCAGAAGAAGGUUGAUGCGAAGAGAGUGACCCUGGAUUGGGGCGUGCCCUUGGAUCAGUUGCCGGUGUUGAGCUGGGACGAGUAUGUGGCUGGGUCUGCGGAGCGGGCGCUUGUUGCGAUUGGGGGGGUUGUGCAUGAUGUGACGGAUUUUGUGAAGGAGCAUCCAGGGGGGAGGACGUUUAUUAAGUCUGGGAUCGGAAAGGAUGCGACGGCUUUUUUCAAUGGGGGUGUUUAUCGACAUUCGAAUGCGGCCCAUAACUUGCUGUCGACGAUGAGGGUUGGGGUGAUACGAGGAGGCUGUGAGGUUGAAAUCUGGAAGGCGCAUCAGUUGAAGGGAGUGGACCGGGCUGGACAGCAAGUGACGAGAAUAGAAAAGGUUGAAUAG